CCGGCCCCACAUGCCAUAGCCCCAAAGUAAACUGUCGGUAGUCCCUCUCACCCUCCCCAGAUGCUCUCGCCUCGUCGUCGUCUGCCUUCAACAAAAGCCGCCCCUCGAUCUCUGCUCCAGAGAAGCUUCUCCCUCCCUCCUCCACCUCCUCCACGCCAUUCCCGGCCCCCAAGAUCUCACCCCAGCGGCCGCUACUUAUCCCCCGUUCCGCGUCGCGGCAUUGGUGGCGCGCGAACUGGUGCUGUUCGGACCGAAGAAAUCUGUUCUCGCCUCGGAUCUGAUUGCCCGGCGGCGCGUUCCGCGGGCGACGCCGCGAAUUCGGGAAGUUUAGGAGGGGGCGUUUAAUGGCGCUGCCGAGGAAUGGUGGUGGAGGUGCGGUGCGGCUGCCGCCGAUGAACGCGCUGGAGAUCCUGCGGGAGACGGUGCGCGUGCUGCGCGCGGACCCGCACGCCUUCACGUACGUGCUCUUCCUCCUGCUCUGCCCGGCCUCGGCUUUCCUCCUCCUCUCCGCCGCCGCGCUGGAAGGCGCCGCCGUGCUGCCGCUCGCCAGGAGGCUCCUCGCCGCCGCCGCCGACUCGGGGCUCCCGCUCACGCAUUUCGUCAAGCAGCUCGCGCACCACCUCGCCGCAACGCUCAUCGCGGCCGUCGUGUCGUUCCCGGCGCUCGUCACGCUCCUCCUCGCCGCGCGCGCGGCCGUCGCGUACACCGUCGCGGCUGUGUACGCGGGCAAGCCACUCGCCGCCGCCGACCUGACCGCCCUCGCGCGCCGCGCGUGGCCGCGCCUCGCCGCCACGUACGGUCUCUCGUGCGCCGCCGUCGUCGCCUGCCUCGCCGCCUUCCUCGCCCUCCUCGUCACCGUCUGCUCCACCCUCAAGUCCAUGCUCUACCCGCCGGACAUUGUCGUCUGCUCCGGCCUCGUCACAGUGCUUGCUUUCUCCGUGGUGUACGCGCAUACCAUCAUAGUGUGCAACCUCGGUGGAGUCAUCUCCGUUCUUGAGGACGUGGCUGGGGUCAAUGCACUGCGCCGAUCAGUGCAGCUGAUGCGCGGGCAAACCCAUGUCGGGCUUCUCAUCUUUCUUGUAUCCACCAUUGGUCUGGCCUUUGUGGAGGGGCUGUUUGAGCACAGGGUGAAGACGUUGAGCUAUGGGGAUGGCUCGUCGCGCCUCUGGGAGGGGCCAUUGCUUAUCCUCAUGUACUCUUUCGUGAUGCUGGUUGAUUCGAUGAUGAGUACGGUGUUCUACUUCACUUGCCGGUCAUCAAGUUUGGAAAUUCUGGAUGAGGAGGGUGGCUCGGUUGAGGAGCUUGAGAUGAUUAUGGGUGGCAAAUCAGAUGUUGUCAGGUGAUGAAGAGAGGUUUGUUUAUCAAAGCUGUAUCUCUUCAUAUCCCCAUGGGAAAUAAGUGAGGUCCUGAGGUCAGCAAUCUCCGGCUUUCGACAAUUCAACGGUGGUGGUUGUGGCGCCAUGGCUAUAUGCUUAAUGUGCAUGACUGAUUGAUUGAUGUCAAUGGCGACAGAAGCCUUUUGCAGUCAUUUGGGGUCUUGAAAGCUCAUGAAAUGGCGCGAAUGCAAAAGAGAAGACAAGAAAAAUCUAGAUAUGGUGUAUUCUUGGUCAGCCUCGACAACGAUCUGAGAUCUGACAAUAUGUGUAGCAUUCUUUUGAAAUGAUGUAACUAGUAUAUCAAUUCAAUUGUGGUGGAAUUUUGUCAUCUCAUCAAUGCCUUUGUGGUUAUACGAUAUGAAACACAUUUGUAUUUUUGAGGAGAUACUAAUGACUCUGGCAUCUGAUUCUUGAAGGGUCGCUUAAUCCAAAUUUGUUUUUCAUUAA